AUUUUUGCCGUCGGACGAAAUCACACCUCGUGCAAAACAUUUUUUCGAUAUUAUCUUUAAAAUUGAUUCGUUACUUCAUUUUUAAAGAUAUAUAUAAAUUCUCAACAAUGGCAGAUAUACCAAUAAAUAUUAUAACCCCGCGAAAAAUGUCUUUUGGUAUUAAUGGGAAAUUAAAUGGGUUAGAAAGUAAAACACCUUUUCUAAUUGGAGUUUCAGGUGGUACAGCUAGUGGUAAAUCAACUGUAUGCAAACGUAUAAUGGAAAAACUAGGUCAAGUUGAUAUGGAUCACAUGCAACGGCAAGUAGUUUGUAUUUCACAAGAUAGUUUUUAUCGAGAUUUAUCACCUGCUGAAAAACUGAAAGCCGAGAGGGGUCAAUAUAAUUUUGAUCAUCCUGAUGCAUUUGAUAAUGAUUUAAUACUUAAAACUUUACAAGAUAUAUUAGCUGGAGUAAAAUGUGAAAUACCUGCUUAUGAUUAUAGGACUAACAGUCUAAUGAAAGAUCAAAUUACAACAAUCUAUCCUGCGGAUGUAGUUUUAUUUGAAGGAAUUUUAAUAUUCUAUUUUCCCAAGAUACGAGAAUUAUUUCACAUGAAACUAUUUGUUGAUACCGAUUCAGAUAUCAGAUUGGCUAGGAGAGUGCCAAGAGAUAUAAAAGAGAGAGGAAGAGAUCUAGAUUAUGUUUUAAAUCAGUACAUGAAUUUUGUAAAACCUGCAUUUGAAGAAUUCUGUCUUCCUACUAAAAAGUUUGCUGAUGUCAUUAUACCAAGAGGUGCAGACAAUACAGUGGCAAUAGACCUUAUAGUACACCACAUCUGGGACAUAUUGCGUUUGAAAAAGGCUGAAAACUCAUCCGGGCAGCAUCCAUACUUCUACCAACAUAAGCGUACCUCGACUUCAUCCGAUACAUUCAGCAGAUGAUUUAAUCAUAAUAUGCUCACUUAUAAAAACUAUGUCUUUAUAUAUGAUAUGUUUAUGUAGAAUCAAAUUUUUACUGAUUUUUUUUUAAAUACUUAAUACAUCCUUUCUAUAGUAAUACAAAUGUAUUAUAUCUACGCUAAGCAACCAAAAAUAUUGCUUCUAGUGCCUAUGCAUUCAUUAAACUCUAUAGAUAAAAUUAAUUUUACACUGUUCCUAAAACAUGGACAAAGUACAUAAUUAUAUAAAGUACCUUGUUCAGGUAUUGUAAUUCCAAUGAUGCAUAAUUAUUCAAAUUUAUACAUAAGACUAAUAUAUUAAAAGGGUUUUAGUAUUAUUUACAUAUAUAAGAAUCGUUAUAAAUAUGUAUGUGCAGUUUUACAUUCUUGAAAGUUUGGAUUUUUUUACAUAAUAUUGCCCCUGAUGACCGUACUUAUAUAAACCCAAAUUUUUAUAUAAAACAAUUUAAGUGAGCAUAAAAUACAUUAGCAUAAUUAUUCUUUAUAAUGUGAUAUAUUUAAUUUAAACUAAUGCAUUAUUCUCAUACUGCCAUAUUCAAACAACAUUAAUUAUAUUGAUUCGGCGUGAUACUAAUCUCUUUAUUUGGUAUUCUUAUUUCUUUCAAAUGCUCAAAUCAUCUUAAUCUCAAUAAUGAUAUUAUACAAGUUAACUACAAUUUUGAUUAUGUAAUUUAAUAUAUUAUUUGUUUAGAUUGUAAAAUGAAAUAAUAAAGAAAUCAGAUUU